GCACCCUCCUCGGCGCGCGCCCCUCCCUCCGCCCGCCCGCCCGCCCGCCGGCCCGCCCGUCAGUCUGGCAGGCAGGCAGGCAAUCGGUCCGAGUGGCUGUCGGCUCUUCAGCUCUCCCGCUCGGCGUCUUCCUUCCUCCUCCCGUUCAGCGUCGGUGGCUGCACCGGCGGCGGCGCAGUCCCUUCGGGAGGGGCUACAAGAGCUGAGCGGCGGCCGCCGAGCGUCGAGCUCAGCGCGGCGGAGGCGGCGGCGGCCCGGCAGCCAACAUGGCGGCGGCGGCGGCGGCGGCGGGCGCGGGCCCGGAGAUGGUCCGCGGGCAGGUGUUCGACGUGGGGCCGCGCUACACCAACCUCUCGUACAUCGGCGAGGGCGCCUACGGCAUGGUGUGCUCUGCGUAUGAUAAUGUCAACAAAGUUCGAGUAGCCAUCAAGAAAAUCAGCCCCUUUGAGCACCAGACCUACUGCCAGAGAACCCUGAGGGAGAUAAAAAUCUUACUGCGCUUCAGACAUGAGAACAUCAUUGGAAUCAAUGACAUUAUUCGAGCACCAACCAUCGAGCAAAUGAAAGAUGUAUAUAUAGUACAGGACCUCAUGGAAACAGAUCUUUACAAGCUCUUGAAGACACAACACCUCAGCAACGACCAUAUCUGCUAUUUUCUUUACCAGAUCCUCAGAGGGUUAAAAUAUAUCCAUUCAGCUAACGUUCUGCACCGUGACCUCAAGCCUUCCAACCUGCUGCUCAACACCACCUGUGAUCUCAAGAUCUGUGACUUUGGCCUGGCCCGUGUUGCAGAUCCAGACCAUGAUCACACAGGGUUCCUGACAGAAUAUGUGGCCACACGUUGGUACAGGGCUCCAGAAAUUAUGUUGAAUUCCAAGGGCUACACCAAGUCCAUUGAUAUUUGGUCUGUAGGCUGCAUUCUGGCAGAAAUGCUUUCUAACAGGCCCAUCUUUCCAGGGAAGCAUUAUCUUGACCAGCUGAACCACAUUCUGGGUAUUCUUGGAUCCCCAUCACAAGAAGACCUGAAUUGUAUAAUAAAUUUAAAAGCUAGGAACUAUUUGCUUUCUCUUCCACACAAAAAUAAGGUGCCAUGGAACAGGCUGUUCCCAAAUGCUGACUCCAAAGCUCUGGACUUACUGGACAAAAUGUUGACAUUCAACCCACACAAGAGGAUUGAAGUAGAACAGGCUCUGGCCCACCCAUAUCUGGAGCAGUAUUACGACCCGAGUGACGAGCCCAUCGCCGAAGCACCAUUCAAGUUUGACAUGGAAUUGGAUGACUUGCCUAAGGAAAAGCUCAAAGAACUAAUUUUUGAAGAGACUGCUAGAUUCCAGCCAGGAUACAGAUCUUAAAUUUGUCAGGACAAGGGCUCAGAGGACUGGACGUGCUCAGACAUCGGUAUUCUUCUUCCCAGUUCUUGACCCCUGGUCCUGUCUCCAGCCCGUCUUGGCUUAUCCACUUUGACUCCUUUGAGCCGUUUGGAGGGGCGGUUUCUGGUAGUUGUGGCUUUUAUGCUUUCAAAGAAUUUCUUCAGUCCAGAGAAUUCCUCCUGGCAGCCCUGUGUGUGUCACCCAUUGGUGACCUGCGGCAGUAUGUACUUCAGUGCACCUACCGCUUACUGUUGCUUUAGUCACUAAUCGCUUUCUGGUUUGAAAGAUGCAGUGGUUCCUCCCUCUCCUGAAUCCUUUUCUACAUGAUGCCCUGCUGACCAUGCAGCCACACCAGAGAGAGAUUCUUCCCCAAUUGGCUCUAGUCACUGGCAUCUCACUUUAUGAUAGGGAAGGCUACUACCUAGGGCACUUUAAGUCAGUGACAGCCCCUUAUUUGCACUUCACCUUUUGACCAUAACUGUUUGCCCAGAGCAGGAGCAUGUGGAAAUACCUUGGCUGAUGUCGCAGCUUUCAGCAGGUGCUCCCAUCUCGGGAAUCCUUGGGGAGCACUUGUCCACGUCUUUUCUCAUAUCAUGGUAGUCACUAACAUAUAUAAGGUAUGUGCUAUUGGCCCAGCUUUUAGAAAAUGCAGUCAUUUUUCUAAAUAAAAAGGAAGUACUGCACCCAGCAGUGUCACUGUGUAGACUUACUGUGGUCACUUGUACCGUAUAGAGGUGUAACACUUGCCAAGAAGCAUUAUGUGCAGUACUUAAUGUUUGUAAGACUUACAAAAAAAGAUUUAAAGUGGCAGCUUCACUUGACAUUUGGUGAGAGAAGUCCAAAGGUUGCAGUGCUGAGCUGUGGGCGAUUUCUGGGGAUGUCCCAGGGUGGAACUCCAUAUGCUGGUGCACAUACGCCCUUGAGCUACUUCAAAUGUGCGUGUUUCAGUAACCAUGUUCCAUGCCUGAGGAUUUAGCAGAGAGGAACACUGCGUCUUAAAAUGAGAAAGUAUACAAUUCUUUUUCCUUCUAUAGCAUGUCAGCAUCUCAAGUUCAUUUUUCAACCUACAAUAUAACAAUUUGUAAUAAAGCCUCCAUGAGCUCAUGACAUGAAGCACUGUUCUGUCCUCAAGUACUCAAAUAUUUCUGAUACUGCUGAGUCAGACCAUCAGAAAAAGCUAGCACUAACUCGUGUUUGGAGCUCUAUCCAUAUUUUACUGAUCUCUUUAAGUAUUUGUUCCUGCCACUGUGUACUGUAGAGUUGACUCGGUGUUCUGUCCCAGUGCGGUGCCUCCUCUUGACUUCCCCACUGCUCUCUGUGGUGAGAAAUUUGCCUUGUUCAAUAAUUACUGUACCCUCGCAUGACUGUUACAGCUUUCUGUGCAGAGAUGACUGUCCAAGUGCCACAUGCCUACGAUUGAAAUGAAAACUCUAUUGUUACCUCUGAGUUGUGUUCCACGGAAAAUGCUAUCCAGCAGAUCAUUUAGGAAAAAUAAUUCUUAAUUCUAUUUUUAGCUUUUCAUUUCUCAGCUGUCUUUUUUUCUUGUUUGAUUUUUGACAGCAAUGGAGAAUGGGUUAUAUAAAGACUGCCUGCUAAUAUGAACAGAAAUGCAUUUGUAAUUCAUGAAAAUAAAUGUACAUCUUCUAUCUUCACAUUCAUGUUAAGAUUCAGUGUUGCUUUCCUCUGGAUCAGCGUGUCUGAAUGGACAGUCAGGUUCAGGUUGUGCUGAACACAGAAAUGCUCACAGGCCUCACUCUGCCACCCAGGCACUGGCCCAGCACUUGGAUUUACAUACGAUGAGUUAGAAAGGUACUUCUGUAGGGUCCUUUUUACCUCUGCUCGGCAGAGAAUCAAUUCUGUCAUGUUCCUUUAUUCACAAUCUUAGGUCUUAAAUAUUCUGUCAAACCCUAACAAAGAAGCCCCAACAUCUCAGGUUGGAUUCCCUGGUUCUCUCUAAAGAGGGCCUGCCCGUGUGCCCCAGAGCUGCUGCUGCUGGGCACAGCCAAGAGUUGGGAAGGGCCGCCCCGCAGUACGUAGUCCUCACCACCCAGCCCAGGGUGCUCACGCUCACCAGUCCUGUGGCUGAGGAAGGAUAGCUGGCUCAUCCUCAGAAAACAGAACCACAUCUCUAUUCUUGCCCUGAAAUACGACGCUUUUCACUUGCGUGCUCAGAGCUGCCAUCGGAAGGUCCACACAGCAUUGACAGGACACGGAAAUUUGACUGUUACGUGAUAACACUGAUAAGUCAGUUUUCAUUUUUAAAAAAACAUUGACAGUUUUAUUACUCUUGUUUCUUUUUAAGUGGAAAGUUACUAUUAUGAGGUUAAUUUGCAAUCAUCUUCUAAAUAGAAAACCAUAGCCUUGGCUACUAACAUCUGGAGACUGUGAGCUCCUUCCCAUUCCCCUUCCUGGUACUGUGGAAUCAGAUUGGCAUGAAACCACUAACUUCAUUCUAGAAUCAUUGUAGCCGUAAGUUGUGUGCUUCUUAUUAAUCAUGCCAAACAUAAUGUAACAGGGCAGAGAAUGGUCCUAACCAAGGUACCUAUGAAAAGCGCUAGCUAUCAUGUGUAGUAGAUGCAUCAUUUUGGCUCUUCUUACAUUUGUAAAAAUGUACAGAUUAGGUCAUCUUAAUUCAUAUUAGUGACACUGAACAGCACCUUCACUAUGAGUCUGUUCAAAUAAGCUUUCAGACUAAUAGCUUUUUUGGUGUCUAAAAUGUAAGCAAAAAAUUCCUGUUGAAACAUUCCAGUCCUUUCAUUUAGUAUAAAAGAAAUACUGAACAAGCCAGUGGGAUGGAUUUAAAAGAACUAAUCCUGAGGACUCUGUCCUGACACAGGUCCUCGAAGCUAGCAGAGAUAGGCAGACAUUGUGGCAUCUGGGUAGAAGAAUACUGUAUUCUGUGUGCAGUGCACAGUGCCUGGUGUGUGCACACUCAUUCCUUCUGCUCUUGGGCACAGGCAGUGGGUGUAGAGGUAACCGGUAGCUUUGAGAAGCUACAUGUGGCUCACCAGUGGUUUUCUCUAAGGAAUCACAAAGGUAAACUACCCACACCGCAUGCCACGUAAUAUUUCAGCCAUUCAGAGGAGACUGUUUUCUCUUUAUUUGCUUAUAUGUUAAUAUGGUUUUUAAAUUGGUAACUUUUAUAUAGUAUGGUAACAGUAUGUUAAUACACACACACGCACACAUGCUUUGGGUCUUUCCAUAAUACUUUUAUAUUUGUAAAUCAAUGUUUUGGAGCAAUCCCAAGUUUAAGGGAAAUAUUUUUGUAAAUGUAAUGGUUUUGAAAAUCUGAGCAAUCCUUUUGCUUAUACAUUUUUAAAGCAUUUGUGCUUUAAAAUUGUUAUGCUGGUGUUUGAAACAUGAUACUCCUGUAGUGCAGAUGAGAAGCUAUAACAGUGAAUAUGUGGUUUCUCUUACGUCAUCCACCUUGACAUGAUGGGUCAGAAACAAAUGGAAAUCCAGAGCAAGUCCUCCAGGGUUGCACCAGGUUUACCUAAAGCUUGUUGCCUUUUUUUGUGCUGUUUAUCCGUGUAGAGCACUCAAGAAAGUUCUGAAACUGCUUUGUAUCUGCUUUGUACUGUUGGUGCCUUCUUGGUAUUGUACCCCAAAAUUCUGCAUAGAUUAUUUAGUAUAAUGGUAAGUUAAAAAAUGUUAAAGGAAGAUUUUAUUAAGAAUCUGAAUGUUUAUUCAUUAUAUUGUUACAAUUUAACAUUAACAUUUAUUUGUGGUAUUUGUGAUUUGGUUAAUCUGUAUAAAAAUUGUAAGUAGAAAGGUUUAUAUUUCAUCUUAAUUCUUUUGAUGUUGUAAACGUACUUUUUAAAAGAUGGAUUAUUUGAAUGUUUAUGGCACCUGACUUGUAAAAAAAAAAACUACAAAAAAAUCCUUAGAAUCAUUAAAUUGUGUCCCUGUAUUACCAAAAUAACACAGCACUGUGCAUGUAUAGUUUAA